AUGAUGAAUGUACUAUUCAUUUUCAUGUGUUCGGUAUCCUUUGUUACUAGCCAUCAAUUUGAUAAUAAGCAAAACACAUUGAAAGAAGAUUUAGAAAUAGAGAGAGAGCUAAAAUUGCUUAAUAAGGCUCCUGUCAAGAGUAUUUAUACAAAAUUUGGAUACAUUAUUGAUUGCAUCGAUAUUAAUAAUCAACCAGCUUUUGAUCAUUCUUUGCUUAUGAAUCAUAAGUUACAGAAAAAACCUAGCUUUCGAACAAAAAAAAGAAAAAAUAGUGUGAAGAGUUCAUCAACUAAGGCUCUAUCCGGUCUUCAAAAAGCUCAAUGUCCAACUGGAACGGUUCCUAUUAAGAGAACAACAAAGGAUGAUUUAAUUCGAGGAAAAUCAUAUUUUAAUAAUGGUUUGGUUGGAAAUCUUCAUGGUAAUCAUUAUGCAGAAGUCAUCACAUUAGAAGAUGAUGAAAAGAGUUAUUAUGGAGUUGCUGGAACAAAUAGUGUUUAUAAUUUUAAGGUAAACAAAGAUCAAUCAAGUUCCUCUGUGAUGUUUGUUCGAGAUGGACCUGAGAGCAUAAAUUAUAUCGGUAUGGGAUGGCAUGUGGCUCCACAAUUAUACAACGACGAUGAAACUCAUUUUUAUGUCGUAUGGACGACAGACAACUUCAAGAAUACAGGAUGCUUCAAUUUACUAUGUCCAGGAUUUGUUCAAACUAGCCAAACAAAUUACCUUGGUGGUCAAUUUUCGAAUACAUCAAUCCAUGGUGGACCUAUUAUAGCAAUAACAAUGUCUAUUAGUCAGUUUUUUUGGUCUCCAAGAGUAAUUUAUCAAACUUACUUUUGA